AUGAGUUCAACUUUAUCCUAUUUGCGUAAUCCGCAUCGAAACAGAAAGCUGAGCACUACCACUAUGUCAUCUGAUACUACUACCAGUACUACAGUCACAACAACAUCAGAUUCAUUAUAUUACACAUCUGAUAAUGUCAAUAUUCCUAGAUCUUGUUUAAUACCACCAUCUUCAAACAUACCGCAAUCUUCACCAACAACAACCCUUUCCCCAGCAAUUGCAACUCCAACUUCAAUAACCAUGUUAUCUUCAUCAUCUUCAGCUUCAAGUAUAUUGAGUAAUGUUGCCCUCCCAAACUCUUCUUGGACGCAGGAAAGUCAUACAGCAUCACUUCAGAAUCAUCAACAACAACCAGAGCAACAACAGCAACAGCAACAAAAACCAUCAGCUACUUCAUUGGCAUCUCUAUUAUCCUCAUCAUCAGCUUCAGCACCACCUACAAGACGUACGAGUACCACUGUUGAUAACAAUGUCAUAACCAGUGAUGGCGGUUAUAAAUUUGGUAAUGGUGGUAGUAUGAACAAUAAUACUAAUAGCAGAAAGAGUUCCCGGUCAAGCAAUUAUAGUAAUUGUCAUACUGCAUUCCAAGAUUUCCAAGAUGUUUGGUUGUUUAGAUUCAAUAAAGGAUUGAAAAAUUAUUUCGGUAUUGAUACUAAUAACAGUAAUAUGGUGGGAGAAGAUCAAGUGUUUGUGAUCAAUACUGUUGCUCAACUUAAUCGGUUAUUAUAUUUCAAUUACCAUCAGAAACUGGGAUUUGAUUAUGAAUAUUCUGAUAAAUUAUUUCCUUAUUUGCAUGGACUUAAUGAUCGAGACCAACAAAUACAUUUUGUUAAAGAAACUGGUAAAUCAGUUGAUAAGAUUAAUCAUCAACUUGAAAAUUUAACUAUUAAUAAUUUCAUGUUUAUUAAUGCCACUAUUGAUAAGAAAAAUAUUCCAAAUUUAAUCAAUACUAUGAAUAUCGAAGACUUGGUACCAUCAAGAUCUCAAUACUCAAAUAAAAAAGAUCAUGAAUAUAAUUAUUCCAAUAGUGGUAAUAAAAUCAGUUGUCGUAAUUUCGGGCAACAAAUUGAAUUAAUGGCUCCUUUAUCUCAUAUGGUGGUGUAUAAUUACAAUAGUUGUACUGAUAACAAAAGCAAUAGUGUUGAUAAUACUAAGAUAUUAGUUAACAAAUUGUUGUCGUAUAUGAAAUCUUCAGGUAAUCGAUUUAUUUAUAUUAUUGACAUUGAGUGCGAACACCAAUCUUCCACCACCAAUCUUGCAAACUCAAAUUCAAACCCCUGCACGCCCUGGUGGCAAUCAAUCGAUCAAAGUUAUUUUGAUAAUGACUCUGAUGAAUUGCAUUGGUAUAAUAAUGCCAUUAUUAAUCAAAUAAUCAAAUCUCCCCAGACCAAGAACAAUAAUGGCGACAAAGUUACUAAUAAUAGCACUGACGAAGUUUUCAUUAGUCAAGGAGAUCGUUUUUUCAAUAAAUUUCAUCGUUUGGAACAAAAUUUAAUUUGGAAAAUGUAUGGUAAACAUUGGAUAUUAAACAAUAAAGUAUGUGUUGGUAAUAUACUUGAUUUCCAUCAAAUACAAGAAAAAAAUGAUAAUCAAUUCAAAUUGGUCAUAUAUUGUGAAGAUUAUCAAAACGAAGAAUGUUAUGAUGAAUUCCCAACUUUACAAGAUUUACAAUAUAUUUGGCAAGAUUAUAUGCUGGGGAAUCAUAUUCACCAUACUUAUAUGAUAAAGAUCCCAUCAUUAGGUUUUAGAAAUAAUAAAUCAAUUGAUGAAUACGAACUAAUAAUGAUUUUGAAUCUUUUGAAAUUGAUUGAACGCAUCAGUCGAGUUAAUAAAGUAUUUAUUGGUUGUUAUGAUGGAUUCACUCAUUCUACAAAUUUAUUAGUAUUAGUAAUGCAAUUAUUGGGUAAAGUUAUUAUUGAAGAAUCGAUUUUCCAAUUGACAGAAACUGAAAAUGUCAAAUUAUUUUUUUCAAAUCCGGGUAUUGUUGGUGGUGAUUUACAAUUUUUAAGAGAAUUAGAACCAUUUGUUGAUUAUUUGAAUAAACAUUUGAUUCAAGAAUUCCCGACAAUUAUUGAUAUGAAUAACUUGGAUUUGGAUUCAAUUCAUCGGUAUUAUUGUAUCAAUCCUAUUGCUAAACCUCCACUUUAUCAAGAUGAUUGGUUUGUUGCCAAGACUAAUAAUUCCAAACAUGAUAUAAAUUUACCAGCAAGAAUUUUAGCAAAUGUUUAUUUGGGAAGUUCAAUGCAUGGUGGGUCAUUAACUAUUCUACAAGCUUAUAAACUCACCCAUUUGAUUUCUAUUGAUGAAUUACCAAAUUGGUGGCACACAUUGAAGAAAUAUUAUAAAUUUGAUUUCCAAUUACAAGAUGAAGAUAAAGAUGAAAACAACCACGGUAAAAAUAAAAGUAAUUACAAAAUCAUUAAACCAAUUUAUACAUUUAAUAAUUCGAAAUCAAAAAUUUAUGAAUUUGAAUUCAAUCUGAAAAAUUUGAAAUCAAUACCUCAAGAAUUAUUAAAUAAAUGGUCUUCUUCAUCUUCUUCAUCAAUGGGGUUACCACAUAAAAAUUUCAAAUCAUUGAUUUAUAUCCAUGAUUUUAAAGAUGACGGUAGAGAUUCAUUAAUGGAAUUAUUAAUGGAAUUAUUAAUUGAUGCUCCACCAGCAAUCCAAGAUAAAAUAUUAUUAGGAUCAACAACCAAUAUCAAUAAUCCUACUAACAAUUAUACUAACGCCAACAAUAAUAAUAAUAAAACUUUGAUUCAUUGUAAAAUUGGUGUUAGUAGAUCAGCAACAUUGGUAAUUGCUCACUUAAUGAAAACUUAUAGACUUGGAUUUUUACAAUCAUAUUUUCUUGUUAGAGUUCAACGAUUUAAUAUAAUUAUCCAACCAAAUUUAAAAUUAUUUUAUGAAUUAUAUUUAUUUGAUCAAUGGUUAGGAUUAAAAGAUUUUUAUAUUAAUCAUCAAUUUAAACAUUAUAAUUGGGAAACUAUUUGUCAUUUAAUUAAUCAAUUGAAUCAAAUUUAUAUCAACCCAAAAUCUAUAACACUUUCAUCGUCAUAG